CUUAUUUAUUCUUCUUCUUCAUUGAUAUUAUCAUUGACUCUUUUUUCUAUUUAUAUAUAAUAACUCCUUUCCUUUUUCUUUUUAUUAUUAUCUUUUAUUAUAAUUAUUCCAUCUUUUGAACUUCUUUAUUCAUCAUGUCUUCAACAAAAGAAAAGAAAGCUUUUAUGACACUCGAUCAAAGCUCCAUGCCAAACUUUAACUCUUCAUGGGUUAAUUAUAAAGGUGCUUGGUCAACUACUAUCUUUGUCGUUAUUGCUCUCAAAGCCUUAUUUACGGUGAUACCAUUCAUUAGUCCUGAAGCUAGUUGGACUUUAACCAAUCUUUCUUUUAAUCUUGGACAUUAUAUCAUGUUUCAUUGGGUACAAGGAAUUCCGUUUGAAAAUAAUCAAGGUGCUUAUGAUGGAUUAACUUUAUGGGAACAAAUCGAUGGUGGUGUACAAUUUACAGCAACAAGAAAAUUCUUAACUGCUGUUCCUAUUUGUUUAUUCCUUUUAAGUACACAUUAUACACAUUACGACGUCUUUUUAUUUGGUAUUAACUUCACUGCUUUAUUGGUUGUAUUGGUGGCAAAGUUACCUAUCAUGCAUCGUGUUCGAGUCUUCGGUAUCGGUAAAGUGGAUUAUGAUAUGGACUGAAAACUCUCCUCUUCUCUCCUCUUUUCUUUUCCUCUUUUUUUUUUUUUUUUUAUUUUGCCUGGAUUGUAU